UGUUUAUCAACACAACCUGUUUCCGGUUCUGAAUGGCGAUCGUUCCACAAGAAUUAUCAUCUAUCUGUCGGUUUUGUUUGUGCCAGGAGGAGAAACAGUUGCUUCUGAUAGCAAAAACGAUAUGCUCUUCCCUGACGAUCGAAGAUGUACGACGAUUCACUGGCAUACCGAUUCUUCCCGACGAUGUGUUGCGUUGCGCGAUAUGUUUUGAAUGCUUGGGCAGUCUGAAAAAGUCUACCGACUUCCGGUACGCAUGCAUUCGCAAUGAUGCCACCUUUAGUCGGCUGUGCGUUGGGCCAUCCUCUGUUGACAAAAAAGAUCCGACCAAUCUCAAAUACAAUCCAAUGGUGCUGCCUGAUGCCGAUCCGUUGGAGUUGAAAUUUGAUAUGCUCACCGAUGAACUCGUUGAAACUAAACUGUAUGACGAAGACACAAGCGUACAGAUAAUUGCCAAUCAAGUUGCCAGAGAAACAGUCUCCUGCGAAGAGGUCGCGGAAGCAGAAGAGUACAACGCGCCCUACUCAGCCAACUACAUCGAGCUUGGAGAACCUUUCUCCGAUGAUACUGAUACUGACGAACCGAAACGGAAGGGGAAACCACGACGAAGAAAAGCAGACUUGAAUGGCACCCGGUCAGACGCCACCAAGCAGCCCAGUCGGACGCCAACGAUACUAGAGAAUGAAAGUGACCCAUCUUUGAAACCCAAGGCCCCGAAGCACAAGAAAGUGCUCUGCUACGUGUGUGGCAUCUGGAUUACAAAUAUCGAUGGGCAUAUCGCUAGCCACAACAAGCAGGCUAACUUUGCAUGUCCGCACUGUCCUGUGAAGAUGAUCAACAAGUGCAAUUUGAUGCGCCACGUUAAACAGGUGCACGAGAAGAGGAUAAUCAUGUAUUGCGAACUGUGUGGGAAAGGGUUUACCCAUAAGAAUAAUUACGUUUCGCACAUGCGCUCGCAGCAUAACAUCGGCAGAACCUACGACUGCAGUGUGUGCUUCGUCAAAUUCAGACAUCAAGGUGCACUGCGAAACCAUUUUCGAAGCGUUCAUCUCAACGAGACGUUUCCUUGCGCUACCUGUGGCAUGGUGUUUCGCACUCCCGAGAGACUGAAAAGACAUCAGCCGGUCCACUCGACGGAGCAACCGUACGUGUGCCGACAAUGUCCGAAGCGGUUUAAGUAUCGCUAUGCUAGGACAAUACAUGAGAUUACCCAUACGGGCGUUAUUUUUCGCUGCAGACACUGCGACAAAUCCUAUCGGUACAAGGCCCAGCUCAACGUGCAUCUAAGGAAAACGCAUCCGGAUAGCGAAUCAGACAGUACUGCACCGUUAGAACGAGCGACCACCAAAGAGACGGAGCAAACAACGGAUACUCAAGCGUAGAUUUAAGAUGAGAGUCCUCGCCCCGGGAAGAAUAUGAGUAGGAGUAUUAAUCAUUUCCAAGGGGAGUACGUUAAAUCAGAAGUCCUCUACGAUUACCAAAGCAAACCCAAAGCUACUUGAGCGGGGAGAAUGAUAAUGAAAAGGAAGUUGAUUGUUGCGUCCACUGUUACAACACAUUGUUCCCAUCAUCUCUCCUUUUUUAACCAUUUUUAUAGAGAUUUUGGGCGUAGUCAUUCGCCUCAAGCACAAA